UGCUCUCUCUACCCUCGCUCAACUCCCUCUGCUUUGACCUUUUUUCUUGAACCCAUUUGGCCCAUCCGAAUCGUCUUUCCCUCUCUCUCCACACAUUCAGAACUAGAAUCCGCUCGCCCCAGCGGCAAAUCGUUCAUUCUUUCUCUUACUUCCUUUGUUCUUCUACAUCGUCUCGCCUGCGAACGUAAACAACCUACCUUCUUCCACUUCCAUCUUCAUCUCCAUCUCUCUCCGCUGUGCUGUCGUCCUUGGUUGUUCGCCUUUCAAUCCCGUUUACUCGCGAUUCUUGAACAAGACAACCCGUCCCCAGCAAAGGAUAAUAUAGGAAGCGCAACUCGAUCGCUAAUUCACAAUGGCUGCGAACACAAAGUUCCUACGAGAGUAUAAGCUCGUCGUUGUCGGUGGUGGUGGUGUCGGUAAAUCAUGUUUGACCAUCCAGUUGAUCCAGAGCCACUUCGUAGACGAGUAUGAUCCUACAAUUGAAGACUCGUACCGAAAGCAGUGCGUUAUCGACGAAGAGGUCGCCCUGCUCGAUGUUCUCGACACAGCUGGCCAGGAGGAGUAUAGCGCCAUGCGCGAGCAGUACAUGCGCACUGGAGAGGGAUUUCUACUAGUCUACUCCAUUACUUCGCGACAAAGCUUCGAGGAAAUCACCACAUUCCAACAACAGAUUCUGCGAGUCAAGGAUAAGGACUACUUCCCCAUGGUCGUUGUUGGCAACAAGUGCGAUCUGGAAGGCGAGCGAGAUGUGUCACGACAGGAGGGAGAGGCCCUAGCCAGAUCAUUCGGCUGCAAGUUUAUUGAGACCUCAGCCAAGUCUCGAAUCAAUGUCGACAAGGCCUUCUACGAUAUCGUACGAGAGAUCCGAAGAUAUAACCGCGAGAUGCAGGGUUACUCGACCGGCAGCGGUGGCACCUCUGGCGCCAACGGACCCCCCAAGCCUAUGGAUAUGGAUAACGGCGAGCAAGAAGCUGGAUGCUGUGCCAAGUGUGUGCUCAUGUAAACGGGAAUGACGUAUGUGGACGAAAAGCACCCAUCUCAAGACGAAGGUGGAUGUGAUUGGCAGAAUAUACCCGCCAUGUCUGGGUCUCGCCGAUCGCGUGCAAUACGAUGUGAGGAUGCAAUUUAACCAGGAGGCUUUCGGAAGAGCACGGAGAUGAAUUUUUUUGAUUGCAUCGGAUGAGGAGUCAGGUUUAGGCUCGCGUUCAUGUUUGAAAAUGGACGCAGCCUAUGGAGAUACCCAGCGAUAUGGGACAAGGGACCCGGCGUGCCUACGACAUGUCAUGUCUUUGUGAGGCCGAUGGCUCAUGCUUAAUGACCCAUGAUCCAUAUGACGUGGAACAUGGAUCGGCGUUUCUCUGGAGCGGCUCGCUGUUUUGGACGUUGUGGAUAAACAAAAACGGACCGUCUACUCACUGGAAGAGAGAGAAAGACACCGGGAAGGGAGUAUGUGCUAGAAUAGGCAAAGCAGUGCAAUGCUAUGCUAUGCUAUGCUAUGCUACUCGUCCCUUCCCGACGACCUCGCGAGAGACACAACCCACCCGACUUUUUGCUCGCUUGGUUCGUGUUGCCGGGGAGGAUGAAUAUUUCAAGAUUAAAGCACGGCUUCUACAGGUUCUUCUAUAUCCAUUAUUUCAUACAUGUAAUUUUUCUUUCUUUUUUGCUUCUUUUUUUCUAUCUUAUCAAUCUCGAGGUCUCCUUCUCUCCAGCAGCAAUGGUUCAAUCAGACAAUACAAACACAAAUUUCUUACCGUUCAAAUGUUGAUUCCUAUCCUUGAACAAUCAUUCCGGUGAUUCGUGGUUUCAGCCGCAUGGAUUUUCACAUGAAGGCGGGACGGAAUGCUCAAUACCAGUGUUGACCCAGUCAGUCCUUGAUCGCGUACGACAGGCUGGACAAGUGCCGGACUCACUCAGGCAGGUCGAUCUCACUCCAAUUGUGUCUCCAGCUGCUCAUACUUGGAAA